AUGACCUGUCAAAGCCACAGUGUAAAUAAAUGUCCAAGCAAUUUAGAAGGAAAAAAUCUAACACAUGUAUUGGAAUUUCAGCUCAUGGGUCUUUCAAAUGAUCCAGAACUGCAGCCAUUACUUUUUGGACUAUUCCUGACCAUGUAUCUGAUCACUGUGCUUGGGAACCUACUCAUUAUCCUGAUUGUCUGCUUAGACUCCCACCUCCACACCCCCAUGUACUAUUUCCUCUCCAACCUGUCCUUGGCUGACAUCUGUUUCAUCUCCACCACAUUCCCAAAGAUGAUUGUGGGCACCCAAAUUGACAGUAGGACCACCGCCUAUGAAGGCUGCCUGACACAGAUGUCAUUUUAUAUGCUGUUUGGAAGUAUGGAUGAUAUGCUUCUAACUGUGAUGGCUUAUGACAGAUUUGUGGCCAUCUGUCACCCCCUAUAUUACUCUGUCAUUAUGAACCAUCGCUUAUGUGGAUUCUUACUUUUAGUGUCUUUUUUGUUUAGCAUUUUGGAUGCCCAGCUGCACCAUUUGUUUGCCUUACAUUUUCCCUACUUCAAAGAUGUGGAAAUUUCUAAUUUUUUCUGUGACCCUUCUCAUCUCCUAAAUCUUGUUUGUUCUGACAACUUCUCCAGUAGCAUUGUCAAGUAUUUUACUGGUGUUGUAUUUGGUUUUGUUCCUAUCUCAGGGAUACUUUUCUCUUAUUAUAAAAUUAUUUCCUCUAUUCUAAAAAUUGCAUCAUCAGGUGGGAGGUUUAAAGCCCUUUCCACAUGUUGUUCUCACCUCUUAGUUGUUUGUUUAUUUUAUUGGACAAGUAUUGGUGUGUACCUUGGAUCAUCUUUAUCAGAAUAUCCUAGAAAUGUUUUGGUGGCCUCAAUCACUUACACUGUGGUCACCCCUAUGUUGAAUCCCUUUAUCUAUAGUCUGAGGAACAGGGACAUUAAAAGUGUUCUUAGUAGAAUCCAUGUGAGAACCAUCAGAUCUUAG